AUGGAGUGCUUUCGACAACGCGCUUCAUACGCGUCAUGGCGAGUAGCUACGUUUCGUCAUCAUUUUCUCUCGUCUUCAAAUCCUGCAUCGUCCAAUCGCAUCUUUCGGCAUGGAAUCUCAAGCUCCAUCGGCCAGGACGAGUCGCGAAUUCCACCCCGAGAAUCUCAGAAUGAAGCCGACGCUCAGGAGCUAGAUCGAGACAAUGCGAGGAAAAACGGGGAAGCAUCAUCUCGGACUACUCAAUCUGCCCGUCCUUCGCAGCUACUGCCUCAAUCGCCCUUACUCACAAAAGCACUUCCCGGAGUCGACAAGAAGCGCAAGAAACGCCCAACUCAGAGCGAUGCGGACCGAUUACGUCUCAAUCCCUGGGCACUGGCACUGGCAUCGCCUCUACGUAUGUGUACAAUUACCGGAACUCGUUUGCCACGGGAGUUUUUGACGGAUUGGGGUCUGGUCCAACGCCCAAACGACGAGGGGCUCUGGCUCAUGCCUGUUGGUCUCCUACGAGACGAAUUAUCGUCGUCGAAAGUCGCGCAAGCCAAUCGAGAUGAUCAAAUUGAAGGAUCAACCCCAGAGAAAAAGUCGCUACGCUCCCUCACUCUACGAAUUAUCGACCGUCUUCCCCUGCUGAAGGACCUGACGAUACCGCUUGCGCGAAACAAGAGUGGGAGAAGACCCCUGAUUACAAAACUGGUGCCCUUUCGGUGGAAGCACCCGCUGGGCCCCCUUACCAGUCGAGAGGAAAAACGGUUGAUUUGGCGGGAGGACAUGCCUGAGUUCGUUCUUGAGAGAAUGCGGAAGCAUGUCCUAAAGCAACUCAAAGACAUGUACGGUGUGCAGAAGCGGUCGAAACCAAGGCUUGGGUCUUUAAGGAUCAUUAAAACCAAAGACAAUUCUUACGAUGCUCUUCUGGAAGGCUUAAGAUGCUUAGAAGAGAUCGAGCGCAUGGAAUGCGGUGGGGUGCUGGUCAUGGACCGUCAGUUGGAACAACGCGAGAAUGGAGAUUCUUCAACCGCUCAAGAGCAGGUUCACGACAACGAAUCAGCAAAGUCUCCGUAUCCAGAAUGUGUGACCCUUCCGCAGGUCCAGUCCAGAGUACCCGUCUUUGACCUGACCGAGCUAUUCUCUCAAUCCGAUCUAGCAGAAAUCAGGGGCUAUGGUCCACUCUUCGAGAACGCUGCUCUGUUCUUGAGCCCAGACGACCCAACGGCCGUUCAAGCUCUUCUGGCGCUGUGGAAAUUGAAGGCAUUCCUCAGGCCCCAGUAA